GGAAAAGGAAGAAGCACCGGAUCCCAACCUCCUCCUCGUCCCUUCUUCUUCCUCCUCCGCCUCCUCCUCCCCUCUUCCCACUCUCUCUCUCUCUCUCUCUCUCUCGCUCUCUCUCUCUGAGAAGUUAGGGCAGAGAGAGGUUACGAGAUCUCUGCUUGCUCUGCAACCGAGCUCCCAUCCUUCCCCCAUUCGCGUUUCCAUUUCCUCUUCCUCGGUGAUGUAAGCGGCGGGGCCGUGAGGAGGCGAUCACCUGUUGAUCCAUCGGUAGAUUGAUAGAUAUCUCGUUGCACGUAUUCGUCCCCACGGCAUGGAGGAACCGUCGACCAUGGGCGUAGACGCGCCCAGCGCCUGGAACUUCCUCAUUGCCAUCUACUUCGCCUUCAGCUUCGUCGUCGCUCGAUACUUGCUGGACAGAUUCGUCUUCCGCAGGCUUGCGUGCUGGUUACUCAAUAAUGGAGUCACUCCCCUCAAGAUCAAUGAGGCUAUGCAGGCAAAGAUUGCAAAAUGCGCAGAGUCUAUGUGGAAGCUGACGUACUAUGGCACUGUUGAAAUAUGCAUCCUCACUAUUGGUUACAAUGAACCCUGGUUCACAGAUACCAAACAGUACUUUAAAGGAUGGCCCAAUCAAGAGCUGAAGCUUCCUCUAAAGCUUUUCUACAUGUGCCAAUGCGGGUUCUACGUCUACAGUAUUGCUGCCCUGCUUCUAUGGGAAACCCGACGUAAGGAUCAUGCUGUAAUGAUGUCGCAUCAUGUAGUCACUGUAAUCCUGAUAGGUUACUCCUACCUGACAAGGUUCUUCCGCAUUGGCUCUGUUAUCCUUGCCCUCCAUGAUGCAAGUGAUGUAUUUCUAGAAGCAGCCAAGGUUUUCAAGUAUUCUGAGAAAGAGCUUGGAGCGAGUGUCUGCUUUGGGUUUUUUGCCGUUUCGUGGCUCAUUCUACGGCUCAUAUUCUUUCCCUUUUGGGUUAUCAGAGCAUCAAGCAAUGACCUUCAGAAGGUAUUGCCAAUGCACAAAGCUAUUGGCAAUUUAAUGUACUAUAUUUUCAACACGAUGUUAUUGACGCUCCUUGUGUUCCACAUCUACUGGUGGUUUCUCAUCUGCUCAAUGAUCAGCAGGCAGCUUAAAAAUCAGGGCAAAGUGGGAGAAGAUAUAAGAUCUGACUCCGAGGAUGAUGACUAGAUGGAAGAUUUUUCUUCUUUUUUUUUUCUGGCCAAAUUCUUUGUGGCUCGGGAUGGUAGCCAUGGGAAUAUGGACAUCUCUGUGAGGAUCAUCUCUACUACUUGAUUGGCUAUCCCCUGUGGUGGAAGAGUUGAGAAGUUCCGUCUCAUCUCUGUUUUUGGUAUUCGGUGCAUCUAAGGCAGAUUUGCAGAGAGGUAGGUGGAUGAAAAUGGAUUUUUGUCGAUUAUUUCUCUUCUACAUUUUCAUGGUACAUAUGGAGGAUGUUAGGUCAAAUUCCUGUAUAAUAUUCUUUUCCUCUGAUAUAGAUUCUCUACGGGUGUUGUCCUUUCAUGGAUAAAGAGAAACUGGGUAAAGAAAAACAGAAACAACAUUGCCCCGCUUUUUCUUUUCUCGAGAAAUUCUAUCAUUCUUUUUGUUCA